AUGCUCUUCUCCAGGAGGCCUCUCGCCGCUGCUCUCCACCUCGCGCCCCUCUCGCCUCCGCUGCUCCUCUUCUUCGCGUCCGCGUCCUCCUCCUGCUCGCCCGCCGCCGCCGCCGCGUCGGCCUCCGGCUCCAGAGGUUGCACUGCUGUAAGGAUGGACAGCGGUGCGGUGGACACAGCGUCCACUGGGGCAGUAUGGUCAACACCUUCGGCAGAACCGAGAAGCAUUUCUGUCGGGAAGGAGGUAUUCUGCAAUAGGUCACUCAACAUGAGGAACAUUAGGGCAGUGGGAUUUGAUAUGGACUACACUCUGGCACAGUACAAGCCUGAGACCUUCGAGGCCCUUGCUUACUAUGGUACAAUAGAGAAGCUUGUGAAGGAUCUGCGCUACCCUGAAGAGCUGCUGACUUGGGAGUUUGAUUGGAAAUAUAUGGUCAGAGGACUAGUUCUUGAUAAGAAGAGAGGAAAUAUCUUGAAGAUGGAUCGACACAAGUAUGUAAAAGUUGCAUACCAUGGUUUUAAGGAACUGUCGAAAGAAGAAAAAGUUGCUGCUUAUGGGAGUACAUUGAUAAGAGAUUCAUUUGAUGAACCUGAUUAUGCCCUUAUAGAUACGCUUUUCUCACUGGGUGAAGCUUAUCUAUUUGCUCAGCUUGUUGAUUUCAUGGACAAGAAUCCUGGAAAAGUACCUGCAGGCACAGACUAUCCACUUAUGUACAGAGAUGUGAGGUCUGCGGUUGACUUGUGUCAUCGUGAUGGAACUUUAAAGCGCAUGGUGGCGAAGGAUCCUGCCAGGUACAUCAAUGAGGACUUGGCAAUUGUACCAAUGCUUGAAAUGAUCAGGAAAUCUGGACGCUCAACAUUCUUAGUGACGAAUAGUUUGUGGGACUACACCGAUGUUGUCAUGAACUACCUUUGUGGGCCAUACACUUCAGAUGUAGGCUCUGGUCUCAACCACAACUGGCUUCAAUAUUUUGAUAUUGUAAUAACAGGCAGUUCGAAGCCAAGUUUCUUCCAUGAUGAUAACCGUGCAGGCCUCUUUGAAGUUGAGCCUGAUUCUGGAAAACUUCUGAAUGCUGAUAUUCAGAUCGGAAGCCCAAGAUCAAGUCAUCAACACUCAACACCAGUUCAGAAAGUUUACCAGGGAGGCAAUGUUGGUCAUCUCCACAGAUUACUUUCUGUUGCUUCUAGUUCACAGAUUCUCUAUGUUGGUGAUCACAUAUAUGGAGAUAUUCUGCGGAGCAAGAAAGUUCUAGGCUGGCGGACUAUGCUAGUGAUUCCAGAACUAGAACAAGAGGUGAAGCUUCUCUCAAAAUCAAAGUCUACUCGGAAGGAGCUUAGACAUCUUAGAAUGGAGCGUGAUUCAAUUGAAGACAGAAUCCAUCAUCUUGAAUGGUCUCUUAAACUUGAUGAUGUCACAGAAAAUCAGAAGGAGAAGUUGUUCUCUGAACAUGACAAUCUGCUGAAACAGAGAGAGCAUGUUCGCCGCCUUCAUCAGGAGGCUCAGAGGCAACAUCAUCAGAAGUUUCAUAAGGUGUGGGGACAGCUCAUGAAGACUGGGUACCAAAAUUCCAGAUUUGCUCAUCAGGUUGAGAGAUUUGCAUGCUUGUACAGCAGCCAGGUUACAAACUUCGGUUUGUAUUCCCCCAACAAGUACUAUCGUCCGAGCGAAGAUUACAUGCCCCACGAGUUUGAUGUGCUUGGGCUGUAG